AUGAGUAGGAUAUAUUUGGAGAUUCAAGCUAAACCUUCGACUAAAGUAAACGUAUACUUAACGGAAGUAUCUCUUAUUACUGAAAUCAACUCAUUAUACCAACAAUUUCUCAAGGGGAACCCAAAAUAUGUUCUUUGUGAUACAACCUGUUCUCGUUAUCAAAAAUCUAUUUAUCUUAGAGAUGAUAAUACACAGUUACUUUUACAAGAAGAAGAAUAUAUGAUUGAAAAACUUUUAAAGACUUAG